AUGACAAGAUCAAUUUUUAAAUUUUCAGAUGAUGAUAUGGUAUCUGUGUGUCUUAGUGGCGUUGAUAAAAAUAAUAAAGAAUGGACCGCUCGAGAAAUUCAGAAGCAUGACAUACCAAAUUAUGAACAUUUAUUAUCUGAUAUAAAUAUUAUGAAAUAUAUGUAUCAAGAAAGACAGUUAAGAAGUGAGGAAAUUAAACUUAGGGUAAAUAAUGAUUAUCAAAUUGGACAACCUAAAGGUGCGCUCACCAUUCUUGAUGAACAAAAUGAUUUCAUAGGAUUUAUACUGUCUAAGCCUAAAUCUGAAAAAAAAGGUAACUCCGAAAUAGUUUAUGCAUUGUCUCAGAAAUACUGGGGCAAAGGGAUUGGGCACUCAGUCUUAAGUAAGAUGGUUAAUGAGUGGGGCCCAGAAGUACGCAAAAUUGGUUUAAGAGAAAGUUUUGAUAAACAGAAUAAGAAAAAGAUUCAAGAAAUAUUUCAAUUUAAUGGUAAAGAAUUAGAGAAAUUCUGUACUACAGUCAGACCUAUAAAUGUUAGUUCAUGGUAUAUUCUCGAGAAAGUUGGCUUUGAACCAUCACGAGCAGAAAUAUCAAUUAAUUUUGAUGAUAAAGGUUAUGAUUUACCAACUUUAGAUAACUUACUAAAUUAUUGUGAUAAACUUGAAGAAUUUAUUAAUAUACUUUAUAACAAUGGAGUGAUAGAAGCUGAUAAGCUUUACACUCAAGAGAAUGACAAAAAGUUCACAUUUUGUAAAAAUGCAGAUG